AUGCAGCAGCUGCUUGACCAAAGCACUUGCAGAUUAUGUGUUCUCGUUAUAGCAAGUGUAUUCUUGCUUGGUUUUAGUGCCUUGUUUCUCUAUAUUCCUUAUGGUUUAGUGUGUAUAACUGGUACAUCAAUUACGAAGAGCCAUCGGAGCCCUGAGAGCCCUGAUAAGCGCGUCCCGUCUGCCUGCGGUAACAUCAACAACAUAAUCAGCCCCUUUCGAAUAGCCAACGAUACAAAUCAAAGCAACUGCACGAACUGGGAUUACUACUACUACAACCUCUAUUGUGACAACAACCUCACAGUAUUGACAAUAAAUCGGGGAAGAUACUAUGUGCAGGCAAUCAACUAUGACAACUUCACAAUCCGAGUUGUAGAUCCUGGCAUUCGCAACAAUGAUUUCUCCUCCAUCCCCCGUUAUUCCCUUUCCAUUUACAACUUAACUUCUCAUCUUCGAUUAGCAUCCAGUACAACACCUAUAACUUUCUUCAAGUGUGCAAAAGCAGUGAACUCGUCUGCGAUGAGUACGUAUAAUUAUGUCAAGCAAGGGACUAUAACGGCAUCAGAUAUGGAGGAUGGGUGCAGAAUAGAGUGGACGACUUUGAUGAGUAAGUCGUUCUUGUACGAAACGGAUAGAAACUUUUCUUAUCAUGACAUACAUAACGCACUGGGGUAUGGCUUUGAGCUUCAAUUCCGCUUUCUCAAGACCAGCUACAAAUUAGAUAUUGACCUUUUGCUGACAUUCGGUAUUAAACUUUUGCUGUCAUACGGAGCAUUUUUCCCAAUAAGAUCUAUAUUUGGGUUUCCAUUUCUGGCUGCUCUUCUAAUCUACAAACAACGAAGAAGGCAUUUGUCAAUGUAUAGCAACAUAGAAGAUUUCCUGCAAAGUGAUAACAACCUCAGUCCGAUAAGGUACUCUUACUUAGAUAUUAAAAAGAUGACCAGUAGAUUCAAUGAGAAGUUGGGUGAAGGAGGUUAUGACUGUAUUUAAAGGAAAGUUACACAGUGGUCGAUUUGUAGCAGUUAAAAUGUUGGAGAAGCCUAAAGCUAAUGGACAAGAUUUCAUAAGUGAGGUAGCUACUAUUGGGAGGAUUCACCAUUUUAAUAUGGUUCAACUUGUUGGUUAUUGUGUUGAGGGAUCAAAGCGUGCCUUAAUUUGUAACUUCAUGCCAAAUGGAUCUCUUGAUAAAUACAUUUAUUGUAAAGAAGGAAGCAAUCCUUUAAGUUGCAUGAAAAUGUAUGAGAUUUCUCUUGGAGUGGCUCAAGGUAUCGAAUAU